AUGGAUGAACCCUAUUUGACAUUCAUUCUUGAUCGUUUCGAAACCUAUUUUCAAUUAUUACGAUGUUCUAAGUGUUCGUGUGCAGAAAAACAGUUUAUAAGCGGCACUAUUGUUGAUUAUUCAUCAAUCAAAGUAAAUUCUGUUUACAAUUCUGCUAUGCGCUCUCUGUGCGAUCUUUUCGAGCAAGUUCAAUAUUUGGUUUGUACACCGAAAACAAAAGACAUUGAAGAACGAAAGCAGUCAAUCAAACAAAAGAUUGAGAGAAUAUUACCAGAUCAUAUAAAAGCUAAAGUUGCUGAAAAACAAAUACCACUGCUGCAACCAUCACGUCAAUCAUUAGAGGAGAUAAGUGAAAAUGUAAAUAAUCCUGGAUCUCUCUUAUUAAUCAAAAAAAGUGUACAUAAUGUAUUGGAAGAUAAUGAGAAAGAAAAUUCGAGUCAACCUAGUACAAGUCAAGAAUUUCCAGUUUUACCAUCUGCUGAAAAUAUCGAUACGAGUGAACGAAGACAGACAUCAAGAAAUAUUAAACGGAAACCAGAUGAUGAUAAUCACCAACACAAAAAACUCAAUGAGACAAAUUCGAAAGUGAAUGUAGAAAAGGUGAAACCAAAACAAAAAAAAGAUAAAGCAAAAAUAAUUAAAGAAGAGCUCAAAACUUCCGUUGCAAAACAUCGAGUUCCAACGAAGAAAGAAUUAGAACGAACAGCAUGUUUAGACCAAGAUAACAAAAAAGAGGAGCAGAAGAUAAGCACAUCACCAGCGAAAAAAUUAAAAUUAGAUACUGAUGACAUGCAGUUGAAACGACCACGCCGAAGUCGAACGAAAGAUAGUAAAAUAACACCAUUGAAUACAAAAGUUUCAAAAAAAGUUACAACAAACAAGCGAAAAUCGGCGUCAGAUUCAGAACAGGAUGAUAAACGAACACUUUCAUCCGAAGCAAAGAAACAUAAAAAUGAAUCCUUAUCACUAACACGUUCAAAAUCAUCGUCGAGAAAAAAAGAUAACCCUAAUAUGGCAAAAACACCUCUGAUUAAAAAGCAACAGUCAAAAAACGUGCAAUUAACGGUACAAGAUGAUAAUGGCGAGGACGCGUUGAUUUUACCGUCCUCCAGUUCAACAAAAAGUAAAAGUAGAAUUCUAUCGACGUCACCACAAAAAACAGCUGUUGAUGGAUCAAUUGUUUCGAUUCGUUCAACAAAAAAAAUGAAGAAAAAUAUUCCAGAAAAAAUUACAUUGUCAACAAAACGUCAGAAUCCAAAAACAAAUAACGAAACUGUUGCUAUGACUGUCGAUUUUAAUAAAGAGGGCGUUGAUAAGAAUGAUAGGACAAGUGAGCAGGAAGAAGAUGGAAAAAAAACAAUAAAUGAUAAGCGUACACCAUCAAAAAACAAAAUAUCUAAAGAUGAUAAACGCAAUAAGAAGGGCGAAACGUUGAUUCAUCAAGCUGUUAUUAAAGGUGAUAUUGAACGUGUGAAAAAAUUAAUCAUGAACGGUCAUGCUGUAAAUACAAAAGACUUUAAUUCAUGGACACCGUUACAUGAAGCAAGUGCCUCAGGUAAUAUUCCAUUGAUGGAAAUAUUAAUUAAAAGUGGUGCUAAUAUCAAUGCUCCCGGUGGAGAGGAUCAUUUACCGCCCCUACACGAUCUUAUUAUAAAUGAAAAGCCAAAUGAUUGCAUCAAGAUUUUGAUAGAAAAUGGGGCUGAUCCCUCUGUCAAAGAUAAAAAAGGUCGUACUGCUUUUGAUCUUGUUUCUUCGUCGAAUAAAGCCCUUCAAUCAAUUCUUACCAAAGCAGCAAAAUUUGAUAAAACAAUUUCUAGUACGCCCAUUGCUCCACCAAUUGGUCAUCAACGACGGCAAAAACAGCAAACAUAUUCUAUUUUGUUUACGGGUUUUGAAAAUACGCGUCGACAAGCACUUGCAUCAGCUGUUCAGAAAGAACUAAACAAAAAAGGAGUGGCUACAACAAAAUCAACAAAUGAUAGUGGGAUAGAAGAAUGUGUCAGACAAAAGCGAUGGAUAGAAGAAGAGAAAUAUGAAGUUAAAGGAUCUGCCAGAGAACCAAAUAGUGGCGGAGCAAGAAGAAGUCGAUUAAAACAUGAAAAAAAUGAGCCGGCAUUAUUUGCAAAUUGUGAUUUAUAUUUACACGGUGAAUUUAGUACUUAUAAAAAGGAUGAUGUGAAAGAAUUGGUUAAAAUAUGUGGUUGUAAAAUGUUAACACGAGAACCAAAAUUACAUCGUAUUGACAGUAGCGAAAAUAAUGAAGAUGACUCUCCACGAAUGACAUAUAUUAUCUAUGAAUUAAAUGUACCAGAGAUUUUAUUAGAUAAUAAACGAAUUAAACAUAUGAUCGAUAAUGAAACCAUUGCCGAUGCCAAAUAUUCGUUGUUAAAGAAGAAAAUAUCUAAUGUUAUUAGCAUAAUGGCAACAGAAAUUGUUCAACCACCUGUUGAUGAUCAAGAAGUGAAAAAUGAAGAACCGGUUACAUCAAUUGAAACAACAGCAACAACUACAACAACAGAAGAAACAUCACCACAAAAUGGCUUUUCAACAACAAAUAAUAAUUCUAAUGGAUUGACUAACACUGAUAUAACAAGAGAACAAUCAUCAUCAUCAAUCCAUCAAUCAUCAUCAGAAACACAAAUUAACAAAAACGAUUUGGAACCAGAAGCUUUAAGGAAAAUUUUUAUCGGUGGUUUGAGUUAUAAAACGGAAGAUCAACAAUUUCGUGAUCAUUUUUCAAAAUAUGGUGAUAUAUUAGAUUGUAUUAUUAUGCGUGACAGAGAAGGCAGAAGUAGAGGUUUUGGUUUUGUUACUUAUUCAACAUCGGCAAUGAUCGACAAUUUGAUGGCAAAUAGACCUCAUGUAUUGGAUGGCCGAGAAAUUGAACCAAAACGAGCUGUACCAAGAGAAGAAGCGAGCAAACCUGAAAGUGCAGCAACAGCAAAAAAGUUGUUCGUUGGUGGAAUUCGAGAUGGUAUUACUGAAACAGAUUUAAAUGCUUAUUUUACAAAAUAUGGAAAUGUUAUUGAUUCUGUUGUUAUGAAAGACGCAACAGGCAAACAAAGAGGAUUUGGAUUUGUUGAAUUUGAUGAUUAUGAUCCGGUAGAUAAAAUCGUUUUGGAAAAGCAUCAUGUUAUUAAUGGUCAAGCAAUUAAUGUCGAAAAAGCCUUACCUAAAGAUCAAACAGGCAGAGGUCGUGGAGGAAUGGGAAAUCGAAAUCGUGGCGGCCCUAGUCGUUCAAAUUAUGGCAAUAAUCAAGGUUACGGACGAAAUGACCAAAAUUCUUUUGGUGGCGGCGGAUAUGGUGAUCCUCCAAAUCAUAAUAUGAUGGGUGGUGGUGGAAAUUUUAGUAAUCCGAAUAUGGGUAAUUUUGGUGGUAAUCAGCCAGCACCUAUGGGUGGAUAUGAUAGUGGAUUUGGUGCUAAUUUUGGUGCAUUUGGACAGUCACCAGCUGGAGGAAUGAAUAAUAUGGGAGAUGGUGGUUUUGGUCAGAACUAUCAAAAUGAUAUGGGUGGUGGGCCAAUGAGAAGAGGAGGUCCAGGUGGAAAUCGUGGUUCUCCCUAUGGUGGCCCUGGUCGUGGCGGCGUCAGAGGACGUGGCGGUCGCGGUCGUUAA